AUGUCCCCACAGAGUGGAGCACCUGAUGUCAUCCUCGCCCUUCACCCCUCCUCGUGUGUGUAUGCGUUCAGCCUCUUUGUGGUUGACCGGUUGCCGCGGCAGCAGCAGUGUGAGGACGGAGUUUGUAUGAAGCGUCGUUGUUUUCCUCUGAGAGGAGACCACAGCCUGCUGACCCCUGACACACACACACUCCUGGGGUUGAGGCAAUGUGAUCAGGUGCAGUCAGGGGGUGUGGCUCCUCUCUCAGGAGGCUCAUCCAGCAGCAAACCCAACACCGCGUCGGCCAGGCAGCGGCCAGCAGCAUCUCCGACUCGUCGUCUGCGGUUUGAGGAUGAGACAGAAAAGGAGGCGGAAUCUCGUUACCUGGAGCGACAGCGGCAGAAGAGACAGACGGGGAACUGCGGAGUUGGUGUGGUGAUGUCCAAACCAGACUUGAACCUGUACAUCAAUGGCACGGCGGAGGCAGGGCACGCGGUCGGCAAGCAGCCAAGGGGGCGAACAGUGGUGAGCAGAGCAGGUCAGAAUCACACCUGUGAGAGAGGAAUAAGAUGCGGAGUCAAUCUCUGGCAACACUCACCUGGAACUGAAAAGAGGGGGAGCCUAAACAGACAGCACCUUAACCUGCGGACUGAACCAAUCAGAGAGACCUACAUCGGCUCUGUCACCAGUGUGGAAAAGGAUGGGGCUUACACACAGGUGAGACGGCAAUCAGUGGAGCUAAAUGGAGCCCAGGUGACUUUUCAUCAAGCCAUGCCCUACGCUGGCCUGCCAACCAACCCCUAUGCCCCUCACUCAAUGGGGCUGUGUACUACCCACCCGCCCAAACUGCACAGAGAGCAUCAAUUGGGGCCUGAGCCUAGGGAGAGGAGAGGGCGUGAGGUGGAGGAAGAUCUGAACAACAUGAUGAAGAACUCCUCAUCCUCCUCAGAGAGGAGCGCAGACACAACAGCUGAGAGUCAUCCCCCGCCCACCUCAGAGCCAAUGAGAGCAGAGCUCCACCAACUUGACGUUUCACUUCCUCCACAUUUAAGCAGCAGAGAAGAUUCCUCCCGUCUUUCUCUGCGACGUUUUUUCUCCACCGUCACACUGAGCAGGACUCGAACCAGCAGCCUCGACCGCCUCUGCUCACGGACCCAUGAGCGAACCCACCCCUCCCUCACUGACUCCACCUCCUCAAUUUCCAGGAACUCCUCCAGCCUGGUGAAGAAAACUUUAUCUGUUGAGUCGCUCAGUGUGGUGAGAACAUGA